AUGGACAUCGAUGAGAUGUCCGCGGGUAACCUGUCGCAGGCACAACAGGAAGGGUUGCAGAAGCUGCUCCCUAUCCUUGGCCCUAAGGGCGUGGAGUACCUCAUCGCCCAGGGCGAAGAAGAGGUUAACAAUCUUAUUCGUAUGCUUGAUGAAUACAAUAAAGCUCUAGUCGAGCAUGUAAAGGCACAGAUGCUUUCUUCUGCGCCUUCGCCCAUGGCGACUAUGGCGCAAGAAGUGGUCCGCAGACCAAAACCGAUACAAAUGGAAGUCGAUAAGCUCGACAACAAAGAAGGUGACAACCUUAUGCUGUGGUUCCGACAGGUUGAGUUGGCUAUGUUUAUAGCCGACACCAUCUAUGAACCGUACCGUGUGGGCUUUGCCACGGGCAAGUUAGGUGGAUUAGCCAAACAGUGGGCAUUCACAUGUGGGUGCAUCAUUGCAAGAUGUUUUUCCCACAUGGGCCGAUCUGAAAGUUCAGAUGACCCGGCAGUAUGCACCGCCAAAUCAAGCACACCAAAAUAG